AUGGAGAAAACCGGACAACCAAGUGGAAAGCGCCUAAAGCAUUCGGAUGGAGAGCAAAACAUGGCUUCGAUCGAUAGGCUCAGCAGCUUGCCGGAUGUCGUCAUAUGCCACAUUCUCUCUUUUCUUGAGACAAAGCCCUCAGUGGCAACAAGUGUUCUCGGAAAAAGAUGGAGGUUUCUAUGGGCCCAUGUACCCUGUUUGGACUUCAGCUGGGAAGAUUUCAGGGAAGAAACACAAGCCUCGGACAUCAUCCACAGAGUUAUAUUGCGGCACAAGGCAAAAAAAUUGGAUACUUUAACACUCUAUCAGGUCAAAUUCAACGAGUAUCAACUGGAGACAUUGAUUACAACCGCCAUAGACCGUAGUAUCCAGAAUGUUUAUCUUGAACUUAGCUUCGAUAAAUUCCCUCGAUACCUCAAAAACUGCAAAACCCUUGUCGACUUGAAGAUUGAUAACGGAUGCACUUCACUCUCUGCUGUGGACAAUGUGUCUUUGCCUAGCCUCAAGAAGCUUUAUGUUUUUAAUCUUAUAUGCGAGAACGAUGAUGUGCUUCCCCACUUUCUUUCCGGCUGUCCGUCGCUAGAAGAGUUGAAUUUGGCAUUCGAGUUUGUGGAAGAAAAUGUAUAUGUGGGCUGCAUAAAUAUAUCAUCACCCACAAUAAAGAUUCUUGAGCUCAAUAUGGGAAUGCAUGCCCUUCAAUGUAGGAUGAUAAUAAAUUCCCCGGCUCUUAGGUAUCUCCAAGUGGAUGGCUGUGACUUGCAGUGUAUAACGAUUCCUAUAACCAUGAUCUCCUUAGUUGAGGCGGAUAUCCAUUUCGAUAAUUAUUUGUUCUCAAAAAAAAAUCGCAAACGGAAGUACUCUUCCACGGUGGUGAAGUUUCUUCAUUCUCUGUGUUAUGUAAAGUGCCUAAAGAUAUCAGGUUGGAGAUUUAAGGAGGUAUGUUUUGAUUCUUCAAUCACUUGGGCCUCCCUUCUGUCAAUCGUUUUUCGACUUUGUUGUUAUACCUAUGCUUAA